UAGGAAGGAGUUAGGAAGGUGUUUUACUAUGUAAGCAGCAUGCUGUUGUUUACAUACAGACCUCUCCCCUGUCAGUGUUUCUUGCCGAUCGCCAGGUGUCAGUGGUCAAUCUUCGGCCGGGACCCGGUGAUUGACAGCUGUAGCCACCAAUGGCAGCGUCUCUGGCCAAUCAGUGAUCACAUGCAGAGUAGUAAGCAAGAUGUCACUUGUGACAUCAUUACUUACUACGUUUGAAAUCUGUAAAUGAUCUCAGAGGUCACAUGGUACAAUGCUAUUCACAACAGCCUUGUACCAUGUGACAAGCUGUGACCAAUCACAGCUCACUCAGUA